AAGCCACACAGUUGGGUAAAUCACGAGGCUCUGGGGGUGCUCCUUCUCACAGGAGCCUUGGAUUCUCUCAUGGACCAGCCAGGAGCCCCAUGCUGUGCCACUGCCAGGCUGCUGGGAUGAGCAUGGGCUUCCCUGCGCGGCUUCCCACCCAUGGAUGGAAAUCACUUUGGGUCUGCCUUGGUGCCCAUUAACACUUCUUGCUGCUUGGCUCGGCUCCUGCCGGGAGGUUGUGUCCCCUCUGAAGGACUCCUUGGGACUCCUUGUCAGAUCAGCUCUCGGGUGGAGCUUGCAGCAACUUCUGACGCUCUGUCUGUGCAAGACCGACAGUAAAAAACUCUCCUGGGCGCUGUGGAGAGAUGGAAACUGCAGCUGAGGAAUGAUUUUGGGGAGAGGAAGACAGAAAAGCACGAGCAGACUGUUGUGGAAGUGCGAAUAUCCUCCGAAAGGAUUCAGCCCACGUCCCAGCUAUGGAGUGUGGCUGCAGCCCCAGCAAGGGAGAUUUCUCUCCAGAGGAAUCCUGUUAACCCUUUGGAGGGAGCGCCUGGGAAUGAGAAGGAGCUGCUGACCAGAGCUGUGCCGCAGGUUUAGUGCCCCCCCAGGGAACCUCUUUGUGGUCUGCAGGACCAUCUCUCCUGGCAAUGGAUAAGUUCACAAACGGGCAGCCAGGCCCAGCUCAGAGGAACAGGCUCAUAGGAUUGCUGGAGACAGAUGACAGCAUCCAGGAAGAGAAACCUGCCCCGAGCAAAAAGGAAGAAAGGUCAGGACAUGGAAGGAAAGGAGAGCCACAGCCCUUGGAGACGCCUUAUCAGAAGGAGAGCAGUGACUUUGCCCCUAAAAUCAAGAUUAAUCUGAAUUAUCGGCCAGGACUUGUCAGCAACCAGAAGGACCCGAAUCGCUUUGACAGGGACCGGCUGUUCAGCGCCGUGGUCCGGGGCAGCCCCCAGGCUCUGGAUGGUUUGCUGGAGUACUUAAGGAGGAACUCCAAAUUCCUCACCAAUUCCGAGUACACAGAUGCAAAGACUGGGAAAACCUGCUUAAUGAAAGCCCUGCUGAACUUAAAAAACGGGAAGAAUGACACAAUCCCGGUCCUGCUGGAAAUAGACCAAAAGACACAGAACCCCAGGCCGCUGGUCAAUGUGUCCUGCUCUGACUGUUUCUACAGAGGCCAGACCGCGCUGCACAUUGCCAUCGAGAAGAGGAGCCUGGAGAUGGUGAAGCUGCUGGUGGAGAACGGGGCUGAUGUCCACGCCAGAGCCCACGGCGAGUUCUUCAGGAAGAAGAAAGAAGGAGUUUACUUUUAUUUUGGUGAGCUUCCCCUCUCCCUGGCUGCCUGCACCAACCAGCUGGAUGUGGUGGAUUACCUCUUGAACAACCCCCACCAGAAAGCCCGGCUGCAGGAGCAGGACACCCAGGGCAACACGGUGCUGCACGCCCUGGUGAUGAUCGCGGACGACACCGAGGAGAACACCAAGUUCGUGAGCUCCACCUACGUGGAGAUCCUGAAGGCGGGCGUCAAGCUGGACCCCGCCUGCAAACUGGAGGAGAUCGUCAACUACGACGGCUUGAAUCCCCUGCAGCUGGCUGCCAAGACUGGCAAAGUGGAGAUCUUCAGGCACAUCAUCCAGAGGGAGAUCCUGGAGCCCGGCUACCGGCACCUGUCCCGCAAGUUCACCGAGUGGACCUACGGCCCCAUCCACGUGUCCCUGUACGACCUGUCCUCCCUGGACAGCUUCGAGGAGAACUCUGUGCUGGAGAUCCUGGCCUACAGCAGUGACACCCCGAACCGGUACAAGAUGGUGGUUUUGGAGCCGCUGAACAAACUGCUCCAGCAAAAAUGGGAAACUUUUGCUUCCAAGAGGUUCUACUUCAGCUUUGCCUCCUACCUGUCAUUCAUGAUCAUCUUCACAGCCAUUGCAUACUAUCAGCCCUUAAGGGUGAAGCCUUCCUUCCCAGUGGAGUUCACAGCUGGAGGCUUCCUCUGGGUCUCUGGACUGAUCAUUAUCUUGUUAGGAGGCGUUUAUCUGAUCUUUGCUCAGAGCCUGUACCUGCGGAGGAGGCGCCAGUCCCUGAAGACCAUGUGCUCUGACAGCUGCAUCGAGAUCCUGAUCUUCAUCCAGGCCUUCUCCCUGCUGCUCUCAGCAGUGCUGUACGGAGCCAGCUCAGAGAACUACGUGGCAGUGAUGGUGUUCUCCCUGCUCCUGGGCUGGGUCAACACCCUCUACUACACCCGCGGCUUCCAGCGCACCGGCAUCUACAGCGUCAUGAUCCAGAAGACCAUCAUGAGAGACCUGCUGCGCUUCCUCCUGGUUUACAUGAUCUUCCUCUUCGGCUUCGCUGCAGCCCUGGUGACGCUGAUGGGCGAUGCCCCCUCGGUGUCCCAGAACAAGUCCCUGGCUCACCUGGAGAGCUCGGGCAGCCACGCCAUGUACGGGGGGCUGCUCAGCGUCUCCCUGGAGCUCUUCAAGAUCACCAUCGGCAUGGGGGACCUGGAUUUCCAGGAGCACGCCAGGUUCAGGUACUUUGUCAUGCUGCUGCUGCUGCUGUUCGUCAUCCUCACCUACAUCCUGCUGCUGAACAUGCUGAUCGCCCUCAUGAGCGAGACUGUCACGGAUAUUUCUGGCUACAGCAAGAGCGUCUGGAAGCUGCAGAGGGCAAUUGCUAUUCUGGAGAUCGAGAAGGCCUGGCUGUGGCGCCAGGGUGGGAAGAGGAGGUCUGGCUGCUUCAUGUCAGUGGGGCUCAAUAAGAAAGAUGAGAGGUGGUGUUUCAGAGUAGAGGAAAUUAAAUGGGCAGAUUGGGCAAAGGAUGUGGGAGUUCUGAAGGAAGAACCUGGGAACACCAGUGAUUCAGAAAUAAAUCCAGAAGCUUCCUGCUGAUGAGGGGCUGUUCCUGUGUCCCUGCUGCAGACACCAGCUCCUGGAGACAGCCAGCCCAAAAAGCAGCCCGAGCAGCUGCCCCGGAGCAGCUGGCCCUGCUGCAGCCCCAGGCAGCAGGCACAGAGAUGCUGCCUCUGCAGGCACAGCCCCGGCAGCUUUGACAGCUCUCUGAACCUGCCUCCUCUUCAGGGGAGCUGCUCUCCCCCAGCAGCUGGAAGAACUGAAGGCAUUGUCAGCAGCAAAGUGCAUUUCGUGGAGGACUGUGGUUCAGCCUGUGGCUUCCAGCCUUGUCGUGCACUUCAAUGAUUCAUUUCCUCUGAAGAAACUGUUUUUACUUGACUUUUCUCCGCCUGACACUUUCUUCUUGCUGUGCUCCUGGGGCAGUGGGGGAGGCAGAGCUCUCUGAGCUGAGCAGGGAUGGUGCUCAUGGAUGAUGCUCAUGGAUAAUGCUCAUGGAAUCACCUGGCUGAGGAUGGCCCAGCCUGUUCUCUUGUCACAAGGGACUGCACUGAAGUGCUUUGGAAUAAAGAGUGUUGUAGAGUCCUAAAAGUUGCUGAGGGUGGAGUUGUCUCUGUGCUGGUGUGAGAUGUGAGUGGACAAACCCUCACCCUGUGCAGCACCUGCAGGGCUCCGAGGUUAAUCCACAGCAGGAUCCCCAUUUCACACUUCCAGAGUGAAAUUCUUUCCCUAAAAGCACAGAAAGUGGUGUGGAUUUCCUGGAGCUGAAGCUUCGCUGGUGGAUUUCUGGGACAUUUCAUGGGUUGCUUUGUCUGUAAUAAACAGCAGCAGAAUCCUGCUCGUGGCCCCUGA